AACCUCUGACCCCUGGACCCAGUUAAUUUCCCCCUCAUCUUUUCUCUUCAUGUUUCCUUAACUUAAUUAGUUGCACACAACUUUUUAAGGCAUAUUCCCCCCUUAAAUGAAGUGAAAUGUUUUUAUAUUUUUGAUUAUUUAACCUUUAUUUAACUAGGCAAGUCGGUUAAGAUCAAAUUGUUAUUUAUAAUGAUGGCCUACCAAGAGGCAAAAGGCCCAUGAGGUCCCUUAACGGCUUCAUUCAGUAUGGAUAUCAAUGUAAACUGCAUUUUUGGAGGUGAAUGUUGCUUUCAUCUGCUCUGGUUACAAAAGGAAAAUAUCAACCAGCUAGCUACUUAGUUAUUCAAUGGAAAGUGCACAAUCAGUAGCUAUAGCUACUUUGUGAGCUCGCUGGCUAGUUAUCUAUAGCUACUCUGUGAGCUAGCUGGCUCGUUAGCUAUAGCUACCCUGUGAGCUAGCUGGCUAGUUAGCUAUAGCUACUUUGUGAGCUAGCUGGCUAGUUGGCUAUAGCUACUCUGUGAGCUAGCUGGCUAGUUGGCUAUAGCUACUCUGUGAGCUAGCUGGCUAGAGUUAGCUGGCUAGUUAGCUACUCUGUAAGCUAGCUGGCUAGUUAGCUACUCUGUGAGCUAGCUUCAUGUACUAGAAAGGAAUAAAAACAAGUUGAGGAAAAGCAACUACAAGAAAAGUGUUUUAUCUUCUGAAUCAAUUUGUUUCUCCUGUCUUGAAUCUCCUGUCUUGAAUAUAGAAGUUUUGUUUUGCGAUCUCCCAAAAUAAAGGCAAUCUCUUUGGGGAGACUUUGUCAAUGAACCAGGUCGUCUCCAUGGUAACCAGAGACUCUUUCUGCAGUACUUGCCUUCAAACUACCGUAAAACCCUUAAAUUGUGCCCUUACCUAGGGAAAUGUUAGUAACACCUUUAAACAAUUAAACAAGGGGAAAUUAUUCCUUAAAGCACAGGGUGUCAAACUCAUUCCAUGGAGGGUCUAGUGUCUGCUGGUUUUUGUUUUUCCUUUCAAUUAAGAACUAGACAACCAGGUGAGGAGAGUUCCUUACUGAGACCUAGACAACCAGGUGAGGGGAGUUCCUUACUGAGACCUAGACAACCAGGUGAGGGGAGUUCCUUACUGAGACCUAGACAACCAGGUGAGGGGAGUUCCUUACUGAGACCUAGACAACCAGGUGAGGGGAGUUCCUUACUGAGACCUAGACAACCAGGUGAGGGGAGUUCCUUACUGAGACCUAGACAACCAGAUGAGGGGAGUUCCUUACUGAGACCUAGACAACCAGAUGAGGGGAGUUCCUUACUGAGACCUAGACAACCAGGUGAGGGGAGUUCCUUACUGAGACCUAGACAACCAGGUGAGGGGAGUUCCUUACUGAGACCUAGACAACCAGGUGAGGGGAGUUCCUUACUGAGACCUAGACAACCAGGUGAGGGGAGAUCCUUACUGAGACCUAGACAACCAGGUGAGGGGAGAUCCUUACUGAGACCUAGACAACCAGGUGAGGGGAGUUCCUUACUGAGACCUAGACAACCAGGUGAGGGGAGUUCCUUACUGAGACCUAGACAACCAGGUGAGGGGAGUUCCUUACUGAGACAACCAGGUGAGGGGAGUUCCUUACUGAGACCUAGACAACCAGGUGAGGGGAGUUCCUUACUGAGAUCUAGACAACCAGGUGAGGGGAGAUCCUUACUGAGACCUAGACAACCAGAUGAGGGGAGUUCCUUACUGAGACCUAGACAACCAGGUGAGGGGAGUUCCUUACUGAGACCUAGACAACCAGGUGAGGGGAGUUCCUUACUGAGACCUAGACAACCAGGUGAGGGGAGUUCCUUACUGAGACCUAGACAACCAGGUGAGGGGAGUUCCUUACUGAGACAACCAGGUGAGGGGAGUUCCUUACUGAGACAACCAGGGUGAGGGGUGUUCCUUACUAAUCAGUGAUCUCCUUGGUAUCAAACUACAAGUGAAACACUUAAGAGGUUUUAUGCAACCUGACCCUUAACCCAUGAACCCUAACCCUCGUCCCCUCAAGGUGCCACAACAGCCUAUUGGUUUUAUGCAACCUGACCCUUAACCCAUGAACCCUAACCCUCGUCCCCUCAAGGUGCUACAACAGCCUGUUGGUUGGUUUUUGAUUGAUUACCUGAUAGAUGUAUUGAUGGGAUAACUGACGUAUUGACAAAUAUAUAUAUAUAUAUUGAUCUGAUGACCAGGUGGCGAAGGUGUACGACCACAAGCUGCAGCAGCACCUGGCU